GCCACUGCGCUCCAGUUUCACAAAGUCUCUGACAGGGGGAGCGGCGCGCUGUUUUUACGCAUAGCCUCCAGUCCAGCAGCCUAUUGUAGACAUUGUAAAGUAGCCGCGUAGUACAUUUGUGGAGAGGACACAGCUCUGAUAAAUGGAUACCUGAGUCCAGAGUAGAAGAGCUUUUACCAAGAGAAAAAACAAGAUAUGCGCUUUUUGGAGACGCUGCGUAAAUGCGUGACGCAUGGACUUUUUUCUUUUUAUUUUGACCGACAGAGGAGAGGUUUUCUCCGUUUUAACUUCACAUUUCAAAUCAAAUCAAAUCAAUCAAGCCAACAGAUCCACAAAAAGAAGACAAAAGGGCUUUCCAUGUGAUUUUUUUAACCAAACCGUGACCGCACAGUCUAUUCCCGGACGUUUUGUCGUAAAAGAGACGCAAAUCGUGCUUUGAAAACUUAUUUAGUCAUUAACCAUAAGAGCUGUUUGGAGACAAGACCGAACAGGUUACUAGAGGUAAGAAGCGGAGAGUCAUGCCUGGAAAAACUGGCUUCUUUUCAUUAAACGCUGGUUUGACGUGUCAGCGGAGACGUAGUACAAGAAGCAGAUUGAGGGCAAACAUUUCUUGCACUUCUGACUGUUUGACCGACUCUCCUCGCUUUCUCUUUCUCCGUGUUGAAUUGUUUGUGUCACCGCAAACAAACUCCCCGCUAAUUAGAUUUUAUAUAGGCAGUAACCUGCCAACACCAGUUAGCUGUAGAGUUUUAUUUUCUUCGUCCUGGGUAGAUGUAACCGCCUGCAAAAUGUCUUUCUUGACAAGUCAUUCGGUCUCGUAUUUCAGACCAGAAUAUCGUUUCCUUUAGACAGCUUCAGAUAUUUUUGAGAGGGCUUGUAGAAACAAAUAUCUUGAAGUUUAAAAAAUGUUGGGUUUUUUUUUUUCAUCACAAAUAAUACAGAGUAACAAAAUAAUGGUAACAAAAAGAUGGGAAACUGCCCCAUCCUUUGGUUAUAUUUAAUUCAUAGUUCAGUCAGACUUGAGAGCCAUAUAAAACACAAUGAACUAACUUAACUCACUGGUUAUUACUGUGUAUUUACCAUCCACUGUCUCUGUUCUUGUUCAGGGUGCUGAGGCUCUACAAGAAGGACUCCGGCCAUAGAAAAAAAAGCAUUUUGGCCCCACAUAAAGGAGGAGGAGGCGCUUCUUGCCUUGAAGCUGAGACGUUUUUAGAUGGAUUCUUUAUGUCUGCUUCAGCACCGGAGCAGACGGUCUGCUCUGAACAUUUGCAAGCCGUGACAGCACGUUACAAAACAUGACGCAUCGUAGCGUAUGGAUUGCCAAAAACAUGAGCUGCUGCACCCAGCGCGGAAGAAGGAGAAGAAGAAGAAGCGGCUUCCCUGUCCUCUGCGGUGCGGAGCAGGACGCGCGCAGGACAGCUGGUGGGACCAGAUGGAGGAUUCGGAGGGCGGAUAGACAAGACGUUACUUCUGCAAAGGGCAAGGUGCUGCUGUGGGUGCUCAUUGCUUUGCUGCCUCUGGUGGAAGGAGCUCAUAUGAAAGGUGGUGCUGGUGUGGGAUCAGACUCAGGCCACACUGUGGGCCUGCUGGGAAACCAGGAGGAGAGACAGCUUCCUGUGACGCUGCCUGAAAUGGUGGAGGAUAAGGAACAGAAAGAAGACAGUGACCCUUACUCUACUUGGCACCCUCUUUAUGACCCUUUUGUAAUGGAUGAGGUGGAUGACCAUCCCAGCAGUCGCUGGGUAGGACGAUCACCACGCUCCUCUGAUCCCACAGAACCUCAGCCCAAGGGAUCAUCGAAGAAAAAGAAGAAGAAGAAAGAAAAGGAAGAAGAGACAGAAACAAGGAACAGAAAGGGUAAGGGGAGAAACGGACACCCGAAGCAGAGCAGCAGGCACUGCCGUGUGGAGAAGAAAGAGAUGAGGGUUCGGGAUCUAGGACUGGGAUUUGAUUCGGAUGAAAUCGUCCUUUUUAAGUUCUGUGUAGGCUCCUGCCAGGCCGAAAGAACAAACUAUGACCUAGCACUGAAAGCACUGCUGGAGAAUGGCUCGCUGCCUCGACGCACCGCCCGCAAGGUCAGCAGCCACCCCUGCUGCCGCCCCGACCGCUACGAGCCAGUAUCGUUCAUGGAUGCCAAGACCACGUGGAGAACCAUCCAAUCGCUCUCUGCCGCCAGCUGCAUGUGCAUGGGCUGAAUGAUGAGUACAAACAGAUAAGCGCCCAGGAUGGAUAAAGCUGAAGAGCCUCUGGCUGGAUAGUGUGUGUGUCUGUGUGUGUGUGAGGCCCCGUGUUUAGGAUUUGGCCAUAUGGGGGCACUGUCUCACACAGAAACAGAAAAGAAGAAGAAAAAGAGGCCACUUGUUUGCCUCCCUGAUACAUUUCCUGCUGAGAAGGAAGUGGGCUGGCCGCAGCUGGACAUUAAGGGCCAAGGUCAAAAUCAAGAGACUGAGGGGGAGGUCAUUAGGGAAGCCCAGUCUGGAUACUGUUCCCUCUGAUACUGAAUUCUUUUUAACUGAAUAACCGGUAAUUAAUGCAGGAUACUAAAGCCUGGUUAUUAUACACAGAGACCUUCUUCAUGUGUUUGAUUUCAUUUGGGCGAGACCUGAAGGCUGAAGCUCAAGCGAUGUAAAGAAAAUUUACAGUUAAAGGACGCUUUGUUUCCAUUCAGACCAUUCAUGCUCGGUGAGAACAGGUGUUUCCACAAGAUUCGUUCUCUUCCCGCACACAGACAGGGACAUUACAUUGUGUCUUCUCUAUGUUCAGGUGAACUCAGCCAGAUGGAUGCCAUGCAUCUUCAUGUAUUACUGUAUAAAAGUAAAGUAUAUUUAUUUUGGAUAAAUUAUUAUUUAUUUAUUAUGGCUUCAUAUGAGAGCUGUUUUUAUGAACUCUAUUGUAGAUAAUAUCUAUUUAUUGCCAAGAUUCACUUUUCAUGUCGACAGUUACUUGUGCUCGCAUACAGUACAACAUUUUUUUCUUUUCCAGAUGCUGAUUUUCACACUUACCCAGCACAGAAAGUCAAACUUUGGCUAAACAGUUUCUUCUAGGCAGAAGUAGAUUGGAUUUCUAAAAUCUGGUUAUUGAUAUUUUUUUCUAUUGAGCAAAACAAUAUCCAAGAGGUCAAAUUCUUAUUUACUUUUCAUCCCAGACUAACAGAUAUUGGGCAAAAAUGGACCAACAUUGAAACAAUGUGGAAGAACUGAUAAAUAUUGAAUUUUGUUUACUUUGAGAGCAUCUAACAUAAUUGAGUCUGGUGAGAUAUCUGUGUUUGUGGUCACCUUUGUGCUGGAAAUAGUCAUUUAAACUUUAAUACAUACUGCAUUGUAUGUACAGUGUGUAGUGAAGAGGAUCAAUUAUGGUUUUCCUUUGCUGUUACAUUGGUGGAUGCUCUGUUUUAAACACUAAAUACUGAGGUUAUUGUAUGAACAACUAAUCCCAGUGAGCCAAACACUCAACUUCAGACAGUUUCUCGAUGUGUCUUCAGAAUAACCCCAGCCUUGAUGACUGAUAUCAGCCUUUGACCAAGUAACAUACUUACCAGUGGCCAUGUUUUGUGUCCUAUCAGUCCCAGCAAUUUUGUGCUGACUAAAUGCUCUAAGAUGUGAACUGAAAGUUAUGUUUUACAAUGCAAUAACUUUGUUUGAUUUUUUUUUUUUACCAGCUAUCAGUUAAAUUGUUACCGACCCAGAAUUUUAGAACUCGUGCAUCCCUAAUCUAGACGACAAGACCUUGAAGGUGAUUUUUAGUUCUCAUUCAUACUCUCACUAUGUCGCUCUGUCCUUAUUAUUAUUAUUAUUAUUAUGAUGAUUAUAAAGCUUCCUUUAUUUUUGUAUGUUAUUAUCCUCUAAGGGAAUAAAGUUUUUUUUAUAAUAUACAUCAUGUUAGUACACCUAUUAUUCAGACUAUUCUGUCCAGUUAUCUGUGCAACAGUUACUGGUGUGAACUAACACCACAACAACUUAAUUUGCCGAUGAAUUAUCCUGUAGCGCCACCUGCUGGACUAGAAUCUAAAGCGAACUGCAAUGCUCGUUUUGACGCGAGAGGAACUUGCUGUCCUGCCACCUGUCUGCUGCCAGCUGGUGAUGUCUGCUUUAAAAACUUAUUGUUCUUUAUUGAGCAGAACAGGCAAAACCGGUGAUUUCGCUGCC